AGAUUCCAGUCAUGGAAUAGCAUUCGCUACUUCCGCCCUUCAAUUUGGUCCCACCCAGGUUCCUUAGGAGUCGUAGCAACACCGUAUUUCCGUGACGCGACCGCGCAGCCCUGUGUUUAACAUCGGAUUUUCCGUGCCACGGGGCCUCAAAAGUCGCCCUUUUUUUCUGUAGGUUGUCAGAGGAUCUACAAGUCGCCAUUUUUAGGGGCGAGUCGUGUCAGAGCCCGAUUGGCACGUUCUUUGAAUCAACUCAAGAAACAUCUCCACGGCUUUUAGGCGUCUAGGGCGUGUUCAGUGCCCGGCUGGCGCAUCCGAAGUGCAUUUCGACGCUGCUGCGCGUACAUUCUCUGUAGUUCCCCGCAGUGUUCCGUAGUACUUCCCCUUUCGUUCGUCGUUCGUCCUGGCGCCAUGAUGCUAACCCUCUCAGCAACGCCAGUGUCGUCGGCCGUUGCGUUAUGCACGAGCUCUCUCCCCUCGACGCCACCCCUUACCGCAAGAAGCCGCCUUCUGCGCGGUGCACUGCGCGCGAGCGACCGACUUCGGUGGAACCGGAGCUGCGCGCUCCAUCGCGGGAGCGCAACAUGCGCGCGUGCUUCCGCCGAGACGGGUGGUGAUGGUGCGGAGACUGCUAGCAGCCCGUCGCAGGGGAAUGUGACUAUUGUGAAAGAUAGGGAAGGGGAACCGGGAGCGAGGGGCGCUGGGCCGGAAGCGGAGGGGGGCGAGGCGGAGAACAGGCGGGGAGGGGAUGAACGAGCGAGUGGGGAAGCGAGUGAGGGAGCGAGUGAGGGAGCGAGUGAGGGAGGGAGUGAGAGGGAGAGGGGGCUGUACACUGAGUUUGUGGAGUACUGCGUAGAGGCCAUGGGCCAACACAUGCCGCUCACUCCUGUUCCGAUACGGCCCGACUGGCAGGUGCUAGAGGGCAGUGACGGCGAGGGUGGCAUGGCACACUGCCGCAGUGUGGCGGUGCAUGCACCUAAGAUCCGCCUCAUGCGGUCUGCCGAUAUCAGCGCUGGGAGAACGCUGCAGGUGCUCAACCUUAUUGCCUUCCCCCGCCCCGAGUACGACCUGCCCUACUUCUGUGCUGACCUUGUCACCUUCCCCAGAGGCCACCUCAUCGUGCUAGAUCUCAAUCCCUUGCAUCAGAGCGAGGAGCACUUCAACAAGUACAUCGCACCCGUCAUGCCCAUUGCCAACAAAUACAUCAAGCACCUGCCGUGGGGCGGCGAGUUCACAGCAGAGUCCCUGCAGUUCUUCUCCCCGGCUCUCAUCUGGGCCAAGCUGCCUCUGGAUGCUGACGUCACAGCCCAUGUGCUGCCCGCUUUCAAGGAGUACCUGCAUGCGUGGCUGCGCAUGGUAGAGGAGUGCGAGCCCACCACUGACCCUGAGGUCAUGGCUCACAACAUGGAGUCCCAGCAUCGCUACAUCUGCUGGCGAUCCGUCAAGGACCCCGGGCGGCCUCUUUUGACCCGGCUAUUCGGCUCUGAGAAAUGCGAGGAGUUCAUCGAGGGAUUCCUGUUUGCAGGGUCGCAUGAGCUCGGAACCAAGGCAUUCCUUGACUACUUCCCCGAUUACCGCAUGGAGGAUGGAAGCAUUGCCAAGAAGCGUUCCAUGAAAGGGAAGGCAUACAGUAGUAGACCCUGGGAUGCAAGUGGCAAGCUUAUUUUGUGACGGAAAUGUAUCAUCAAGCUUGAGAUUCAAGUGGGGAAACAAGGUCCGCGCAUAGAAGGUUCUGGGCAUGGCAUUGAGGUCCUCAAAUGAGAAGUACGUAGGUGCUUUCUCUAACGAGCAAAAUGUUGAGGGAAUACUUUUGCCCUAUGCAGGCAUUCAAUGUGGUGCAAUUUGGUAAUGUGUGCUUGUAAGGAAAUUCCCUUUUCCUUACUGGGCUCGACUACAGCGCGUACGCCCUCGACUCUCAGAAGUCCAGGCUCUGCCAACUAUUUCGGUCCCGAACCAUUUCAUGAACUCAAACCUAGACGCGUGGCGCUUCCGUGGCUUUCGCCAACCGGACUGCCCCAACCUGUUCGCGUGGUUCUCGGCUAGCUCUGUUCGUGCCUAUAAAUACCUAGGCCCUCA